ACAAAGUUUGUUCCAACACUUUCAACCUGCGAUAUGUUCUAGAAAAGGAAAAAUUAUCUGGAACCAACUUUCUUGAUUGGGAGAUGAAUCUUAAGAUUGUUCUCAAAUGCGAGAAAAAGCUCUAUGUCCUUACCUCUGAGCCUCCCAAAGCUCCUGAAGCAAACGCCCGUGCUGCCGAAAAUACUUCGUACAAGAAGUAUGAAGAUGACGCACGUGAUGUGAGAUGUCUCAUGCUAGCCACCAUGACCCCGGAACUCCAAAGGCUCCAUAAGGACAUGGAAGCUCAUCCUAUGAUGACUCGCUUGAAAGGUCUAUACCAAGGCCAGGCUAGACAUGAGCAUUUCAAAAUCUCUACGACUCUGUUUUCCAGUAAGCUGGCAACGGGUAACCUAGUUGGUCCCCACGUUCUCAAGAUGAUCGGUCAGAUCGAAACUCUUGAAAAACUGGACGCCCCGUUGCACCCUAUGCUGGCAACUGAUCUCAUCUUGGGAUCAUUACCAGCUGAGUAUAGUCAAACUGUAGUGAACUUCUACAUGAACAAACUAGAGAUGACUAUGCCUGCGCUACUGAAAUUCCUCACAACUGCUGAGGAGAGUCUAGGGAAGGGAAAGGGUAAGUCUGUCCUGAUGGUAGAGGGCAGUACUAUUGCGAAGAAGAGUGGGCCACGUUCGCCGGCCGGGACCAAGCGCAAGGGUUCUAAGAAACCCAAGCCAGCGUCCAACUCCUCUUCGUUGAAACCCAAAGAGGGAGCUAAGAAGAAGUUUGCUGUAUGCUAUUAUUGUGGCAAAAGGGGCCGCAGGAGGCGCAACUGCGCAAAAUUACUGGCAGAGAGGAAAGAGGGAUAAAAACCUCAAACCUCAGGUAUCUUCGUUAUUGAAGUCAAUAUGUCUGAUAUCACCUCUUGGGUGAUGGAUACUGGAUGUGGUUCUUACAUCUGUACUUCUAUGGAGGAUCUGCAUGAACGUAGACAAUUGACGGAGGGAGAGAUACAACUAAAAGUCGGCAAUGGCACACUCGUAAAUGCAUUAGCCGUCGGAACCUAUAGUUUA